ACCCUCUACCGGCGAGACCGAGAGUUAGACCGGGCAGGCAGAUGAGUAGCAUUCGCUUUGAAAAACGGCGUAGUCAUUUUGUGCAUUUGAGAAGUCUGCGACAGUUUUGGAAAAGUUCAGACAAUGACAACGAGGUACGACAGGGCCAUCACGGUGUUUUCGCCGGAUGGGCAUUUGCUUCAAGUGGAAUAUGCUCAGGAAGCUGUUAGGAAGGGUUCUACAGCGGUUGGAGUGCGUGGCAACGACGUUGUCGUUCUAGGCGUUGAGAAGAAGUCCGUUGCAAAACUGCAGGAAGAACGAACUGUUCGUAAAAUAUGUCUUCUAGACGAACACGUCGUUAUGGCAUUUGCAGGGUUGACUGCGGAUGCGAGAGUCUUGAUAAAUCGUGCGCAAGUCCAAUGUCAAAGUCAUAGACUGACCGUGGAAGAUCCUGUUACUUUAGAGUAUAUAACCAGGUAUAUAGCAGGUUUAAAACAAAAAUAUACACAGAGUAAUGGUAGAAGACCUUUUGGAAUAUCGUGUCUUUUAGCUGGAUUCGAUUAUGAUGGAGUUCCACAUUUAUAUCAAACAGAACCUUCUGGUAUUUACUACGAAUGGAAGGCAAAUGCUACAGGUAGAAAUGCCAAAACAGUUCACGAAUUUCUACAAAAAUAUUACACACCGGAAGAGGUGGCAUCAGAGAAAGGUUCUAUAAAGCUAGCUAUUAGAGCAUUAUUAGAAGUAGUACAAUCCGGGCAAAAGAAUCUAGAAAUUGCUGUAAUGCGACGUGGCCAACCUUUACAGAUGUUGGAUUCUGAUACCAUUGAACAGUAUGUUACGGAAAUUGAAAAAGAAAAAGAAGCAGAAGCUGAAAAGAAGAAACAGAAAAAGUGAUGUCUCUAUACAGAGUUGCACUUUUACCAUUCUCUCAUUGUUUCGUAUAAAAUAAAUACACGGUGCAUAGCUGAAAAUUGGAACAAAAAUAUCAACAUUUUUUUUAUUUAUACUUCAUAGUCGUGUUCAUAAAAAUAUGUGUACAUUUACGUAUAUUUUUAAAUACAUGAUUUAAAAUUAAA